CGACAUCUGAAUUCUUUUUCCAGUUCUCUCACCCGAAACAGUCUCUAAAAUGGAACAUGUGUUGUCCAUAUGGACCACUUCAUUGAGCUCAAGGAGUGUUAAAUCAAUGCACAUGCAAGUACAUUUAGGUGUGAGGGUAUCUUCACUUAAUCACCUGGAACUGAUGGACGUGUUGCAUUCUGCAGGAUCUCAUUACAAGAAAGCAAAGUACUUGCUAGUGGAGAAGAAGGGAAUCAUCAGUGCUAUUCUGCACAAAGAUUCGACAUCUAAAGAUGUCUUAAAAUCAUUUUUUCACGCACUAGUUGUGGCAAACCUUACAGAUAAAAAUAAGCCUGCGCAAUUGGAAAGCCAAUCAUGGAUGGAUAAACAGUAUGAAGUUUUUAUUCCAAAGGUACGUCUUUGAUGUUUUUCCUUUCCU